CACAAAGCUUCUGUCAGACCAAAAGGAAAAGGAAGCGCAGCAGCGGCAGUUGAAGAUGAUGAAAAGCAAAGCAGAUGAGGAAGACUACUGGAACAGCUCCAAGUUUAAAGCCUUUACCUUCGAUGAUGAAGAUGAUGAGUUCAGCAGGUUAAAAGAAUCGAGGCAGGCGGUGAACAGUAUUCGACAGCUGGUGGACGACGACGACGAAGAUGAAGUGGAGAAAGUCAGCUGGAGCGGCGAGCCGGUCGGCAGUAUUUCCUGGUCCGUCAAAGAGACGGCAGCAUCCAAUCAGAGGACAGAAAAAGAACCCGCCUUCCCCAAGAUCUCCACAGAGAGGCCGUCACUUAACAAAAGCCAAUCGGGGCUCUCCCUGAGCGCCCUGUUCAAAGGAAAGAGUAAAGGAGGAAACUUGCAGAGUUUCACUGACACGCUCGGUGACCCGUCCGUCAGGCUCUUUGCUCCUGAGCUUCGAAAACCAAAAUCAGAGUACAAGGAUUUUGUUGGCGAUUGGUCACCUGAAGAGACGGUUCAGAGGCUGCAGCAGGGAAAGGCGGUGUCCCUGGAGAAGUUUCGCUCUCUGCAGGACAAACUCCUGCUGCUGGACUUCGCCGUCGCUGCUCACGAUGGAAACGUCAUCACUGCAGUUCUGAUUUAUUUAAAGCGGAGUCUCUGUAAAGAGGUUUUAUUUCGAGAGCUGGAGUCCAGACAGACGGCUCUGAGACACUUCAUCCAUUACCUGACCGAGACCAGAGACCAGAGGCUGCUGCUGGAGCUGCUCAGAACUCUCGGCAGGACGGAGGAUGUCGCGCUGUUUCAAUAUAAAGAGUACAAGAGCAUCAAAGAUGAAAACAAGAGGCGGGACUUCGUAAAGAGCUGUCUCAGCCUUCCGUUUUCUCUCGAGGACUCUGCUCAUGUUCAGGACCACUACACUCUGCUGGAGAGGCAGAUCAUCAUUGAGGCAGCAGAUCAAAGAGCUGAGCGUGACGGAAAGAUGGAAAUCUUCAGAAAGUUUCCCAGAAAAGCACCGAUCCUCUACAUGCCUCUGAUCACAACAUUGUACUACUGCUGCUUGUACCACUACAACGAGUCUGAGGGAACCUACAGCAGUCCACUGAACAUCCGUCAGACUUUCAAGAUCUCAGAGAAGCAGUAUUUUGCGACGAUGUUGGCGGCGAGGGCGAAGCUGAAGGCGUGGGACAACGUGGAAGCUCUGUUCACCAGCAAGAACUGGCUCGGCAUGACGAAAAAGAGAUCUCCUCUUAGCUUCCAGCGCGUCGUCGACAUUCUGCAGAAAAACUCAGCCCCCACGCAGGUGCUGCAGGAGUACGUUGGACUCGUGGACGACGCAGAGCUGAGGAUCAGUUUGGCUCAGAAACACAAAUGUCACGACAUCGUCAUCAACACCUACCGGGACAUGAAGGACCGUCAGCUCUUGGUGGAAUACCGUAAGAAGGUGGAACACGGCUCCGCAGAGGAGAUCAAGAUUGACAUGCUGCUCAGCAACUCGCAAAUCCGGUGGAAAAACUGAUGCGCUAACGUGGCUUCAGAGACUUUUAUUGUGAAAGUGAAGGGCCA